AUGGCGACAGCAUACAAGAUCAAUGUUCCGGUGACGAACACGGGACUGUGGAAGUUUGAUCAGAAAGAUGCUGCCGCGAGCAAGGUAUCUGAGCUACUACAGGAGGAUCUCGAGAAACAUCAUGUCUUCUUCAACCAAGAAGGCUUCCACAACCACAUCCCUCAUCAGGUCCUAGCCCUCUUCGGUACCGGCGCAGGCCCCGACGCCAUUCAAGCGGCGUACAAGGAAAACGCAGACUACCAGCGCCCAGCGCAGACCCCACGUGAUUCCGUCGCAGAUGAGCUGCACGACUGGGACCGCGCGAAAGCGUACCUCGGCAAGGAAAAGCACUACCCAGACUUCCUCCUCUUCUUCCAGCGCGAGAUCGAGAGGCUCGGGGGCUGGGAGGCGGCGUUGAAAGAGCACCUCUUCAAGGGCGACGAGCGCGCCGACGACAUGUUCCAGCGUAUGUUUGCGGGCUUUUUGCACCCCAUUAUCCAGCUCAUGUAUGGUGUCGAGUGGGAGCAGCCCGCCAUCGUCGCCGAGGGGCUGGCACAGGCCGCCGUGCAUAAGAACCAGCUCAAGGACUUUUUCGACGAGACGGAGAAGCGUGCGGCGGCAGCUAGCGGGUCGAUGCCGCUGAUGUCGGAUCUUGUUGAGGAGAUCCGCCGAGACCAGAAGCUUGCUCACGCCGCUGAGAUGAAGGAUGCGAAUAAGAUCUUUGACGGGAUCCUGAAGCGCGCGCCGGAGGAGAUGCUGCGGAUCGCGAGCAAAGUCAAGGUUCGCCCCGAGGAGCUGGAUGAGAGGACGGCCGAGAUGUUCCAUAAUGCCUUUUACGUUGCUGGCGGCGCGGCUCUUCGGCCGGGUAAGGAGCCAAAGUGGGAUUUCUUCUUGAUUCACCACACGAACGCUGCGCCCAUCUUCCUCAGCUUCAACUCCAUGUCGUGGAUCUCGACGGAGAACAAGGUGCGCAUGCUGGAGUACAAGAUCCGGAUGGACCUCGUGCAGUAUGCGGCGCGCGGGUGCCCACCGCUCCGCCUAGAGGAUGUCAAGUCGUACAAGCCAAAGGACAAAGAUGAGGGCAAGGACUUGGUCUCCAAGCCGACUGACCUCCUUCCAAGAUUUCACAACUUUGUAGAUGACGGCCACACGAUCAAGGUGGUCAGAGCACUUGGGAUUUGCCAGGACCUUUCAGCAAAGUAUGGCGACAAACCCUGGAUCAAGAUCAAGGAUGGGGAGUGGCUCAACCUCACCUACAUGUUGUUGGAUAGCACUGAACAUGACGAGACGAGAUGGGUUCGCUCAGCGGGCUUUGAAGAGGCGUGGAAGGACGUCCCUGCUCGCGAUUGA